GGAUUAGGGUUUGUGCUGCAUCAGCUUUGUUCUUUUUCUAACCAUUGAUGUCAUAAGAGAAGAUGUGAUGUUUGCCUGAAAACUUCACUCUGCUGGCUUGCUAUAACCGCCGACUGCCAACCUUUUCUUUAGCAACUUCAGGAAGGAGAUCAUAUCAUGGCUAGUAAUUUUUCGGAGAAUUCUUUGAUGACUCUCUAUGAUGAUGAUGAAGAAGAAGAAGAAGGGAGCAUUAAAAAUGGUGGUAGCUCAAGCAAUAGCACUUCGGAGAACAUAGAAGGGAGACCGGUGAGAGCAUACAGCCGGUCGAAAACUCCAAGGCUCCGGUGGACCCCUGAACUUCAUCUUUCCUUCGUUCGUGCCGUCGAGAGGCUCGGUGGCCCUGAGAGAGCUACACCGAAGACAGUUCUUCAGGCCAUGAAUACUAAAGAGAUUAGCAUAUCUCAUGUCAAGAGUCAUCUCCAGAUGUACAGGAGCAAGAAGAUUGAAGAUAAAGCUCUAGGUGCUAUUGGAGGCCAAGAGGAACACAUUCAGAACUUCAACCAAGUUUAUAUGCCUCAAGCUAUGAAUCAAAAUCCGAUUACAAGUGCUCGAUUUGGAAGCCAUCCCUGGAACAAUUAUGGACAAUGGAGGAUGAAUUGGUACUUUAAUGGAGCUAUGGGGACUACCAUGGAUGCAAGAUCAAUGAUGCUCAAUCAGAACUACAACAUGAACAAUCCUAUUGAAGCACAACACAGAGAUCACAGGCAGUUCCAAUUGAUGCAAAAUGAAUGCUCAGAAAGGCAAGAGGCUACUCAGAAAGAUCCGAUGUGGAAAGACGAUGAAACCGAGGCUGGGAUCGAUUUAAAUCUCUCACUCAGAGUUGCAGUUAGGCCAGAGAAAAAGCAAAGAAAAUGUGAGGCUGAGGGAGUAAAUAGCAGCUUAUCACUUUCCUUGUUUUCUCCUUCCAAAUCCUCAAAAGCUUAGAGUUCAGUCUAAUCUUCUGGUACUUGUCAAUGAAAAAGGAAUGAAGGGGUGGGGCCUUAAUGAAGCUGAAACUUUGAGAAGAAGAGGAAGAAGAGGAAGAAUAGGAAG